CUUUACAGAGAAGUAUUACUACACUACGAACAUUGCUGAUGAUCAAAGAAGUCACUCAUGUCUUUUCUUAGUUUCUCAGCAGCCAAAGGAAUCUCUCUGAUUCUGAAUGAAUUCUCAAAGUUCAGGUCCUUUCAUCAGAUGGGUUUCUCAAGUUUUAGCAGAAAGACAGUUCAAAAUAACCUUAGCAACCGAGCCACUGCAAUCAACGACAUAAAAGCCUCGGAUGUGGAGAAGAGUAUAUACACUCUCAUCACUAUAGACCGUUGGGAGUCACUGAACCGGAUGGAAUAUAGAUUGGCUUCGCUGAGGCCAGUCCACGGAAGACUAGCUUUGAAAUUUCUAGAUUGGGUCGUUACACAACCUGGUUUGGAACUCAAUCACUUGACACAUAUAUUUGCUAUUACUGCCCAUAUACUUGUUAGAGCUAGAAUGCAUGAAAGUGCCAAAAUAAUAUUAAAGCAAUUGUCUCAGAUGGGUAUUGGCUCAAACUCUGUGUUUGGUGCCCUAAUGGACACAUACCCUCUUUGCAAGUCAAACCCUGCAGUGUUUGACCUUCUAAUUAGAGUUUAUCUGAGGGAAGGAGUAGUUGGUGAUGCUGUAGGUACUUUUUAUUUGAUGGGUUUCCGUGGAUUUAAUCCAUCAGUACGUACUUGUAACAUGAUCCUAGGUUUGCUGGUGAAGGACAAGAGGUUCAAGAUGGUUUGGCCAUUCUUUAGGGAAAUGCUUGCUAGAGGGAUUUGUCCUAAUGUUUCUACUUUUAAUGUAUUGAUUAACAGUUUGUGUACGGAAGGGAAGAUUAAGAAUGCUGGUUAUCUUUUGAGAAAGAUGGAAGAGAGUGGUUAUGCUCCGAAUGUGGUUACCUAUAAUACUCUGCUCAAUUGGUACUGCAAGAAAGGGAGGUACAAAGCAGCCUUUGAGCUAAUUGAUCGUAUGACAUCUAAGGGCAUCGAAGCAGAUGUGUGUACCUUUAAUAUGCUUAUUGAUGAUUUAUGUAGAAACAGCAGGAGUGCAAAAGGUUAUGUAUUGUUAAAAAAGAUGAGGAAGAAGAUGAUAUCUCCAAAUGAAAUCACUUAUAAUACUCUUAUAAAUGGGUUUGUUAAGGAAGGGAAGAUGGAAGUCGCUACUCGGGUUUUUGAUGAAAUGUCAAAGUAUAAUCUUAGACCUAAUGGUGUUACUUACAACUCUUUAAUUGAUGGGCAUUGUGACAUCGGUAACUUUGAUGAAGCUUUUAGGCUUUUGGAUAUGAUAGAAGCAGUGGGACUGAAACCUAAUGAAGUCAGCUACGGGACUCUUUUGAAUGGACUGAGCAAGCAUGCAAAAUUCAAAUCAGCAAGCAUGCUUCUUGAGAGAAUGCGAAUGAAUGGGAUUGUUGUUGGUCAUAUAGCUUACACAGCAAUUAUUGAUGGGCUUUGCAAAAGGGGAUUGCUUGAUGAAGCUAUGCAGAUUCUUAAUAAGAUGUUUGAGGAUGGAGCGACUCCAGAUACCAUCACAUUUUCUGCACUUAUAAAUGGGUUCUGCAUUCGGGGGAAGAUGAAGAAAGCCAAGGAGUUGAUGUGUGUGAUGUAUAAAUUUGGCUUUAUGCCAAACCGUAUAAUUUACUCCACAUUGAUCUACAAUUAUUGCAGUAUGGGAUGUGUUACAGAAGCCCUGAAAGUAUAUGCAGUUAUGAAUCAAACUGGCUUUGACGCUGACCAUUUUACGUGUAAUUUGUUGGUUGCUUCUCUAUGCAAAGUUGGUAUGGUAGGAGAUGCAGAAGAUUUCAUGCAUCACAUGAAUAGGAUUGGUCUAAUGCCUAACUGUAUCACUUUUGAUUGCCUUAUAAAUGGCUAUGGAAGUUCAGGUGAUGGGUUAAAAGCAUUCUCUUUGUUUGAUGAAAUGAUUAAGUUAGGUCAAGAGCCAAGUUUUUUCACAUAUACCAGUCUACUUAAAGGACUAUGCAAGGGUGGAAGUUUGGGGGUGGCAAAAGAAUUUUUGGGUAGAUUGCAUGAUAUUCCUUUUGCUGUUGAUACCGUUGUCUACAACACAAUUCUUGCUGAGACAUGUAAAACUCAGCAUUUGAAUCAAGCGGUGGCCCUUUUUGAUGAAAUGGUCCAAUACAACGUGCUACCUGAUGCUUACACAUAUUCUAGCCUUCUUUCUGGGCUAUGUAGGAAGGGAAAAGUGGUGGCUGCUUUUCUUUUGUUUGGGAAGGCGAUGGAAAGGGGAACUUUAUGUUUGAAUGAGGUAAUUUAUACAUCUUUGGUUCAUGGUCUUUUCAAAGCUGGCCAAUCAAAGGCUGCUUUGUAUCUUUAUGAGGAGAUGGAGAACAGAGGAUACUAUCCUGAUACGGUAACACUCAAUGUGGUUAUUGAUGGAUUCUCGAGAAUGGGGAACAUGGUGAAAGCAAAUAAACUUUUAUCGAGAAUGAGGAGUGGAGGUUUGCGCCCUAGUCUUGCCACGUAUAAUAUUCUCUUGCAUGGGAAUUCAAAGAAAAAAGAUUUAGUGGGAUGCUCCGCAUUAUACAAGAUCAUACAGAAGAAUUUUAUACCUGACACAUUAACGUGCCAUUCUCUAGUUCUUGGACUCUGUAAGGCUGGUAUGCUUGACGUCGGUGUCAAAAUCUUCAAAAGGAUGAUACUGGAAGGUACUGUAGUUGAUCAAGUUCUUUUUAACGUGCUCAUUGCCAAAUGUUGUGAAACUGGUCAGGUGGAGAAGGCGUUUGAUCUAUUGAAUGUGAUGAAUUCAUUGGGAAUUUCUCCUGACGUGGAUGCCUACAAUGCCAUUCUUAAUGGGCUCAACAGAAUUUCUGCUCUGCAACAUUCCCGUAUAAUUUUGAAUGAAAUGACAGAGAGAGGUAUCACACCCAAGUGUAAUCAGUUUACCACUGUAAUCAAAGCCAUGUGUAGAUCGGGUGAUAUGCAAGGAGCUUUCAGGCUAAAAGAUGAGAUGGAGGUACUAGGUGUAGGUUCUCGAGAUGUUUCUGAAAGUGCUUUGGUAAGAGGGCUUGCUCACAGUGGGAAGGUUGACGAAGCAAUGCUGGCUCUUGAUUGCAUGAUUCGCAUGCGGCGGGUUCCAACUAUAGCUACUUUUACAACUCUUAUACACAUGUUUUGCAAGAGAGCUAAUCUGUCGCAGGCUCUACAGUUGAGGGCAGUGAUGGAGCAUUGUGGUUUGAAGCUGGAUAUUGUUGCAUACAAUGUUCUCAUAUCAGGCCUUUGUGCCACUUGUGAUGUUGUUGCUGCAUUUGGACUUUAUGAAGAGAUGAAACAAAGGGGUCUGUUGCCCAGCUCCACCACUUAUAUUGUUCUCAUGGAUUCUAUUUCCAGUGAGAUGAAUUCUCUUGUUAAGGGUGAAAGGCUUUUGGAGGAUUUACAGGAAAGGGGCUUGUUGCACUGGGAGUGGGAUGGAAGCACCCAACAUUUGCAUGAUGGCUUGAUGAAUGCCAUCAAAAGGUUGAAGUCCUUACGGAGCAACAGAAGAAAAUAAGACAUAAUUUUGUUACAGAACAUUAUAUUUCUACCGCCACAUGAGGCAUAGUGUGCUAUGCCGGAUCUCCUUUUUCUUGACGUUUUCUGAUGCAAGCGAGCCUUGGUCUUCUUGAGUUUUUUGGUUUGUUUUAAUCUAGCACGACUUGGCUACCUGUACAAUGUAAGUAUAUUUCUUAGUGUGUAUUUUUUGCGUUUAUUUUUAGUUUUUUGACUAUGGUGCUCAAUGGUUUCACUGUUCUAUCUUACAGUUGUAUUUUCUUUGCUAGCAGCUGCUUCUUCCUUUUUUUUUCCUCUUACCUACAAAGGAUCACAACGAUGCUGGAGAUGAUGUCAUCUGAUGUCCGGUUCUCCAGGGUGAGGAUGAGUAGGCGAGGAGUACUGGAGUACACACUUCCAACAUGGGAGACAAUGGCUUGAGUCUCUGUAGAAAGAAAGAACCUGUAAUUUUACUGAUGCUUGAAGUGAGGGGAUGCUUCAAGUGUACUGCCCAGGGUUUGGUAUGUGAACAGCAUUGGGUUUCCAUUCUAAAAAAGAAGAAUUAGGGAUAAUCAGGCUCCAACUGAUGACUUCCACCACGUCAAGGUGACACUCUACCGUUGAGUUAUAUCCUUUCCUUUGCCCCCCAUCGAGAAAUAGAAUUGACUCAUUCUAAGGCAAAGGGUUGAUAAACUCAACGCCACUAUUCUUGAACAAUCAAACAACUUGGAGUCGGGCCUUCUUUUCGCACUAUUACGGAUACGAAAAUAAUGGGAAAAACUGGAUUCGAUUGUCAACCAUCUCUCUUUGUUCUCAUGGUUGUUUUUUUUCAAUUCCAUUGCUCAUCAGGAAGUAUCUGCAUUGCAUCUAACACUGAUUUUUUAUUUGAUGUAAGGUGCAGACUUGUAUUAAUGGUGGCAAAAAGCUUCUCUGUUUUUUGAGGACUGUAUUGUUACCUGGCUGCCUAGAGCCCUUUCCAUGUAAGUAUGCAAAUCAACCUCUUGUGUUUCAGAGCCUCACUCCUGAGUUUCCCCAAGGAUAUUUGGAUGGCUGUAUAGGACAAUCAGAAAUGUUAAAGUGUUCAAUUUUUGUAUGUUCUGCUCAUUAAAGAUUCCACUUGAUGUGCUUUAUUGUGGCUGGAGACUGGUGAAACGGGAAUUGGCUGGUAGGAGCAGUUUCAUGGACAUUUCUGUGAGCAUUUUGAAAACAAAGCAGAAGAAAAUUUUAUUGGAAAUGUAAGAAGCUGCUAGAGUUGUGGCAGAUGUUUUCAAUUUUGUCAACCUAUCAGAAGUCGCUUGCUGUGUUGUAACGGUAUCCUAUAUACCUGAAGUUGUACCGCUUGAUAAUUGGGCCCAAUGAAAUGUGGAUGAAUUCUUCGGUGGGAUCCAAAUGCUCUCUUGGAGUCAUGCAGUUUGAGCAUUGUCAAAAGAGAAGGUAUAUUCACCAAGGAACCUUGGCAAUUGUUGUCAUGUCGAUGUUGUCUAGCAAAAGUAUCGUUAACGAUAUUGAAAGUGAGUUUCAGCCUAUGGAGGUACUAUGUAAAACUCUUGCCAUGCAUCUGGACUGACCUAUUUAUGACAAGGGACAUGCCUCACUCCAAUUGAAGAAUAGGUGUUACAUUUAUCAUUCUUCUUAUCCUUGUAACAGAGACAGGGUUCGUUAUUUAUGGCCAUGCGAUUGGAACACUUGUUAGUCUCACGAGUAAUAAUAUUGUUCUUGAGCUUAGUUACUGUUGGAAGGAAUGCACUAAGAAGCCAUCUGCAUCAGAGGGCCAUCUGAUCUCAUGUUACUUGUAGCAAUAUUGUGUCUGUCCAGAUCCCAUGAGCAACAAUUCACGUGAUAUAGUGGUGGAUGAAGUCAGAGGAAGGAGGAAAAUUGGUGGACAAGCUAUUCUUGAAUUGGAGUAAGGCAUAAUCCUUGUUAUGAAAAAGCUGUUCGGAAAGUGUGGCAGGAUGUGUGAUUUAGUGCCUCGAUAGGCUGAUCCUGUCUCUCAUGAUGUUACGAGAGGAGUAGUCGGAGAUGAUAAAGGUUCCUUUUUUUAUGUGCAUUUUCAUGAGCUUGAAGCCACUGGGAUGGACAUGGAAUUGGCUGACAGAUCACUUUAUGAAGACUGCUACAGAUUUUUGAAGCACUGCAGCUGUCUCUAACAAAGAAGAGGACAUUUCUUGUACACUUGACAGAAGUUGAAGAAGCACCCUCUUGUCUUGGUCUUAUUAUUAGUCUCUGAACUUUCAGAUUGGAUAUGUUGGUCUCGAUUAGGGUUGUACCCUGUAAAGAUGUCCAAGUUGCUGGAUUGUCCCUCAUUGCAUGCGAGUAUGUCAUGGUUUGCUUACAUAUCUAGCAGCUACACUUCAGGCAACCACUAGUAACACUAUCAUGUUGCCUCCUUAUCAUGUCAAAGACUAUUUUUUGUUUAGGCACAAGGUUAAGAGAUCAUUUGAACUUUAGUGAUCAAAUUUUGCUAUUCACUCAUGAAUGAAUACUUCACGCUCUAACGUGGCUCGAUUAGGGUAUUCAUCCA